AUGAACACUGAGGGCAUCCUCGCCCUUGUUGCCUUCAUAGUCGCAGUACUUGCGCUCAUAGGAAUCGUUGUGAUGGCGUUUGUGAUCAAGAACCAACAAAGACGAAUCAAAGAAUUGCUCGAAGAGCUUGAUGCUCAGUGCAAUAAGCACAGGGCAGAGCAAGACAAUGCAACGUUGCAGCAGUACAAAAUCGCGCUGCACGAAGAAAAUGCAAGCACACAAGAUCGGGAGGAGGAAGAACUAUCUGCCAGAGAGAAAGUCUCGAGCAUCAGCGGACCUGACAUGGAGAAUUUGGCGACCAGGAAGGACAUUCAGAUCCUACCGCUCUCAUCGCCUGCUAUCUAUCAAGAGAGCUCCAGGCGUAUCAAGAUCAUCGAUCAGCCUGCGCCUGCUAAAGGUCCGUCCCCUGCAGAGUCUUGCUCCGAGGGCAGCGAGCAGGAGAAGUGGCCGGUCAGUAUGACCAUGGUGGUAUGGGAGGAGCUGACAUGGCUGCCGAAGGGUGUCCCAAAAGAAGACGAGCCGGAGUUAGACCGAGCAGCUGUUGCUGUCAUGGUGUUGAAGUCUGUGUUUCUGAUGGAGCCGGAAGACGUUCGAGUCAAGGCUGACAUCGGUUUCUCGACUGAUUCAAACAAGUACCAAGCUGUUCAGCCCCCUCAGACCCUCUGGACUCCUCCCAGACCGAUGAACAAGUGGGAUAUUGACGGGGAGAUCCUGGGGCGAUCGCCGUGUAGUGAAGCGAGGAAAGUGGUCAACAUUUCAGUCCAGGCCACCCCAGGGAAUCUAAGCAGUCGAGCAAGACGGCAAGGGCAGAGCAACGGGAGCUCGAUCGGAUCCCCGUUGUCAGCACGUGGGAUCGACCCAGAAAAGCAUCCGGAGCUACAUGCUAAGGAGCUGGCAGAAAUGAUACGAUUAGUGCAUACCCAUUGUCAAGAUACCGCAAACGUCAUCAGUAGAACAGAGAUCCGCUGCCUCUGGUGCCAUGAGACGUUCACUUGCCCUCCCUAUCGGCCUCAGGGCUUCUACUUCAGGGACAUUCAGAAUCGUGGAGAGCAUAACGGACAUCUGUGGAGCUGUCAAAAGAAUCCCAACAUCUCUCUGCAGUCAGGACGAGGAAUUCCUGUAGGAGACGGGAAGAUUCUGAUCUAG